UUGAACGCCAUCCUCCAUUAAACGCCAAGAAGAAAAAGACAAGUCUUCUUUUGAGGAGUUAAAUAGCGGUCUGCUGCGAUUUGUUACGAGCAGACAGAUUUGUGAACAGAAACUUAUAUGUAUUUAUGUAUUAUAUAACACACGAAUAAACGCAUUAGUCAGUCAUAGUUGGUAUAAAAUCUAGCAGUUUAGUGGCUUUGGGAACAGUUAUCGCCGCCCAUCGGGUGUGUAUCUAUGUUCAUCGAAAAUAUAUUAAAUCAUCGAAAUGUCGCUGGAAUUUGCAACAAUAUGAAGAUAUCUUUCAGUACCGGGCUGUUUUUAUUACUGAUGUGGGGUGUGUUUGGUGCUGAAACAGAAGAAGAGAAGACCGUGUCACUGUCAGUGAUGGAGGGAGAUUCUGUCACUCUGAACCCUGAUCUCACUCACAUAUGGGGAAUUAAUAAGAUUGUGUGGAGGUUUGGAGUUGAAGGUCCAGUCAUUGCUGCAAUUUAUAACGAUGAUUCCUGGUUAAGUAACACUGAUGAGAGAUUCAGAGACAGACUGCAGCCGAAUAAAACGACUGGAUCUCUGACCAUCGAGAACAUGAGAACUGAACUCUCUGGACUUUAUAAGCUACAGGUCGACCACCAAACUACUGGAAACUCAGAGAAGUAUUUCAUUGUUACUGUUUUAGUACCAGAAUGGUCUUCAGGUGCUACUGCAGGAAUAUGUGUUACUCUUUUACUGAUAGCUGCAGCUGGAGCUGCUGUUGCUUUUUACUAUCGCCACAGAAUCUGUGAUCCAAAGCGUUUAAUGGCUGAAGAAAAGAUGGUGUUGGGGACAGAAGGGAGAUCUGUCGAUCUAGAGACUGAUACUGAACUACAGAGAGGGGAUGAGAUCAAGUGGUGGUUUGAGGAUCUCAAACUCACUGAGUUCAGAAAAGAGACCAGUAAAAAAGAUGAUACAGAUCAAGAUUAUAUUGAAUGUGAUGUUGCUGAUGGGAGAUUCAGAAGUGAACUGGUGCUGAAUACGAAGACUGGAGAUCUCCUCAUCAAUAACAUCAGGACCUUUCACUCUGGACUCUACAAACUACAGAUCAGCCGCAAAAACAGAAGAACUGAAUAAAUGAGAUUCAUUGUUACUGUCACUGUGAGUGAAUCAACUGAAGAGAAACCACUGAUGAAUAAAGAGGAUGAGCAGUGUGCUCUGAUUGGCCAGCUAUCCAGUGUGUUGUGAUUGGUCGAACGCCUCAAGCGUGUGACAGAAAUGUUACUUCCCUUAACAAACUGUGAUGCUUUGUGUCCUGGAAAGACGAGACAGAACCAACAAAACCCAUUAUAAAUUAAUCAUUUGUUGCAUCCAGUGGGGACAUAAUUCCUGAUUAUAAUGACUUGUACUGUAAUUUUAUAGCCUUUUUAGAAUGAGCCUUUUCGGGGGGCAUGGAUGAGUCUUAUAAAGAAUAUCUCUUUGUAUUUGAGACUUUAGUCUUUGCAACUUUACAGAUCUUCAUUAUCCACCAAGAGCUUGUAACUCUACAAAGAGAAAGAAAAACUUGAAAUCGCAUCAUGUGACCUUCUUCAUCAUCAUCACGCAUAUUUUUUUUUUUCUGUAAACUAUUACUUUCAUAUUAUAUUAAUAUAACUAUUAAAUAUUUUAGACAAA